UAUUCUAUUUUACUCCUGUUAUUGGUUACGAUGUCUGAAAUUUUCUGUGAAAAAUUUCAUUUACUUAAACAAAAUUAUUACGACAUUGAUCAAUCUGAGGAAAUAUUCGAUCAGUUUCUUGAAUAUUUUGAAAAAAAUUACGACAAAUCUGAAUACAGAAAGCGAUUAAAUGUGCUGAAAGAUAAUUUGAUAAAAAUAAACCAGUGGAAUAAAGAAGAAAAUAGAAAGUAUACUUUAAAUGUUUUCGCUGAUUACACUGAGGAGGAGUUUUCUCAAACAUACCUUGGACUUAAUAGCAUGAUAACCACGCGUACUGAUGUUGAUGUAAAAGAAUAUGAAUCCAUAGGUGGAGCUCCUGAAAAUUUGGAUUGGAGAGGAUUUGGUUACGUUUCGUCUGUAAAGCAUCAAUCACGAUUUCGUCGGUGUGGAUCAUGUUAUGCAUUUAGCGCUGUUGGGCAUAUUGAAAGUCGUCACGCUAUGAAGCACAACAUUACGGCUAUAAAUCUGUCUGCACAACAGGCUCUCGACUGUGAUUAUUUAGACCUCGGCUGUAAUGGAGGAGACCCUCUACACGUUUUUGAAACACUUUCUGAACAAGGUGGAUCCAUGAGAGAUGAAGAUUAUCCGUACGUAAGCAUACAAGGGAAAUGUAAAACUGAUGAAGAAGAAAUUGAAGUUAAAGUUUACGGUGGUACACAGUUAAUGCUGAAUGACGAAGACGAGAUGAAAGACGCAGUUGCGCAUUUGGGACCAUUAUCAGUUGCUGUAAGGUUUACUCCGGAAAUGGCUGCGAAAGUUACCGAUGAGAUUUAUGAUGGAGCCUAUUGUGAAUCUAGUGGUACAAACGAACUCAAUCAUGCAGUGUUAGUAGUAGGAUAUGGAAGAGAGAACAAUAAAGAUUACUGGAUUAUUAAAAACUCUUGGGGUGACAAAUGGGGUGAUCAUGGCUACGUGCGCCUGAUCAGAGGAGUUGGUGCAUGUGGUAUUGGAAAUGUUGCUUUUUUGGCCGAUGUUGAAUAAUGAGCAAGUUUUCUUCGUGCAAACAAGUCGGA